AUGGAAUGUAUAAUUGUAAAUCUUGUUAUUGAACCUAUAUUAGGUUCUCGACAUCCAAUAAAUGGUACUAUUUUCCAAGAACACAUUCAGAUGACAGUUACUAUUAAUUCUAAUACAAUGGUAAAAGACGUUGGUCUUGUUUUAAUGAAUAAAAUUGGAUUGGAACAUUUGGUAAAUAAUUCAGAAGUUUUUAUAAAAUGCCCUAGAAACAGUUGUUUUACUUCUAUACAUUGUUUUCCUAAUCCAAUGACAACGGUUGGUAAUUUAGAAACAUGGAAUCGUGAAUAUCUUACUGUUAGGAUAUCAGUUAAAGGGAAUAUUCAAGAUUUUUGUGGAUAUGAAGGAAGAAAUAGUAUUUAUAGAAAUUUACUAUUCCUUUUACUUAAGAAAUAUCCAUUUAUUGGGAGUGAGGAAACAAAUAAUACAGUCAGAGAAACUAUUAAAAGAAUAGAAGAUAACUCAUUAUUAUCUUUAAAACACACAUCUCUUCUUUUUAUAAAUGAAGUUCUUGAGAGAGAAUUAAGUUUUCUUACUGGAGAUAUGUUGCGGACUUUUACUCCCGUUAAUCCAUAUAAUAAAAAUUGCGGGACAGAGAAUUCUUCGUCUACAGGUUCUAUAGAAUCUGUUAUAGAUUGUAAUCUGGAAUCAGGAAAUAUUUCCACACCAUCUGUGCAAUCACUUACUGCUCCCAUUACUUUGGAAUAUGAAAAUGUAUUUCAUCCAAUUGAUCAGCGUUUUGAUGAAACUUCUGCUAUUAUAAACUUUGAUGAUGGAAAGCAGAAUAUUUCAAAAACUUCUCCAAAACGCAGCCCAGGAAGCCAACCUAGAGUAAAAUUUAAUCCUAAGACGGAGAAGCCUAUUCUUGAAGAAUGGUAUAAAACGACAAAAAUUCCCUCCGCUAUCCAGUUAAAACAAUUUGCAGAUCACUUAAAUAAAAUUUCCAAUCGUUCUGAUGAAGCCAAAAUAACCCUUUAUAAUGUAAGAAAUUGGUUUAGCUACAGAAGAGUUAAAGAAAAACGUUGCGGUAACAGUCUAUAA